AUGAAUGAAGAGAUCAUGGAUCUCCAGAAAAACGAAACAUGGGAGAGGUGUAGAUUACCAGGUGAUAAGAAGAUGGUUGGCUGUAAAUGGGUUUUUUCAGUUAAGUAUCAUGCUGAUGGAAUCAUUGAGAGAAGUUCUAAGAUCAAGGAGGGGAUAUUCAUCAAUCAGAGAAAGUACAUUUUAGAUCUCUUAGCAGAAGCAGGCAUGUUAGACUGUAAACCAACAGAGUCUCCUAUGGUAGCUAAUCAUGGUCUACAAAUUGUUGAAGGGGCAGAAAUGGCAAAUCAAGAUCGUUAUAGAAGAAUGGUUGGAAAACUGAUCUAUUUAUCUCACACAAGACCAAAUAUCGUCUAUGCAGUUGGGAUUAUUGGGCUGGUGAUCGGGACGACAGGAAGUCCACCUCAAGAUACUUCACCCUUGUGGGGGGAGGGGGGUAAUCUAGUCACUUGGAAGAGUAAGAAACAGAAGGUAGUUACUCUGUCUAGUGCCGAAGCAGAAUUCAGAGGGAUAGAAAAAGGAGUUACAGAGAUUCUGUAG